CACAUGCACGUCAACCCCCACACACAAAUAGACGCACAGCUGCUAAAUCUACAGACUGGGACUCGAAAAAUGAAACCUUUACAUGCAUGGGGACUCAGGUCCGUGGGGAUGCUGUUGGUACCAUUUCUUCUGGUCAUUUUUCUUCAGGGAUGUGCAUCUACAUCUUCCACCAAUCUAAGUUGUUAUAUCGUAAAUCUGGAAUAUGUCAACUGUACAUGGAGGGCAGAGGGGAUCAAAGGAGAGGAUUAUACUUUUAAGAGCGGGUUGGAGAACAAACCUCCACAAAAGUGCCCCAGGUAUCUCCAAGAAGAGGGUGUGAAUGUUGGCUGCAUAGAAGUUUGUUCAGACCAAUGCCUUACAUUUAGGUUCAACACAUUUCACACCAUUCUGUCCACAAAGAAUGGAAGAAAGAAUUUUUCUAAAAAUUUUGAUCUCAGACCUUUGGUGAAGCUAAACCCUCCAACAAAUGUGACUGUGGAGAUGAUGCAAGAACCAGAGUUACGGGUUUACUGGAACAGCAGCGUGAAAUUUGCUUGUGUAGAGAGUCAAAUUCGGUUUAAAGUUGAUAACAAGGAGUCCUAUGAAGGGAGGGAACCAAAACAAAGCAGUUUAUUUACCGUGCCUUUUCCCUCAACGAAAAGUCGAUAUGAGUUCCAGGUGCGGCAACGCAUGGCAUCAGCCUGCGGAGAGUCAACACUCUGGAGUGAAUGGAGCGAACCUGCGAUCUGGAACCCGGCUGAAAGGGAUGAAGAAAACAACUUCACUGAGAUCAACAUGAGUGUCUGGUUGGUCUGUUUAGGUCUUGCAGCAUUGAUACUUGUCAUACUGUCUUGCCUUUUGGUCCACAGUGAGAGGCUGAAGUACAUCUUCAUCCCCGUAGUGCCGAGACCAGACAAAAACCUUAUGGAGCUUUUUGACAACUAUGAUGGACAUGAAAAAUGGCUUUGUAUCCCCCAGGAGCUCGAAGAGGGAUUCAAACCUCAUUUCACGGAGCGUCCAUGCUCCGUUUGUGAGUACCAGCUGCUCCAUCCCUCCAGCAGCAGUGAAAGUGACAGCGCGCUCUCGAUCCCGACAGAUCAAACGGAUUACGUAUUCUUAUCGAGUUACUCUUCAGCCUCCACUCUCCCUGUGUCUGUGGAAAAUGCAACAUCUCAAACCUCGACGUCAAGCACCGUCGCGUAAAAUGCAGUCGGACUGUCUCAGUAUCUUUUCGCUCAACGCGAAGAAUGACAGAAAUACCACAAAAUGGAAUGUACGUGUCUCGAACUCUUUUUGCCCUAGUCGAAAUUCCAGUCGAAAAUCCAGCAGCUAGUCUAUUAGGAUGAACUGGUCUCAAAUGGUCUGUACUGGUUUCAAAUGGUUCCAAUUG